UAUUGUAAUGAGCGAUUUAGUAGGCAAGUUCAUUUCUGUUAAUUUUGUGUCACGGUGGGCGCGCAUCGUAAAAUUUCACUCUCAUAAAUUUUUCAUAACGCGCCUAAAGAAGUAUAACUUCAAUAAUUAAUUUUGUGAUAACUUUACUCCGGACCGUUUUUUAAAUUCAAUGGAUAUUACUUUCAUUUUCUCCAGAACACCACGAAAACAUAUCUCUAUUUACACAGCCGACAACAGUUAAGUGUAUAAUCUAGGGCCGACAACUAGGUAUAUGGCUCUAAUAAAGAAUUUUAAAAAAAUCCAGUGACAUCAUUCUUCCGCAUCUAAAUCACGUAAGUCCAGUAAUUUUCGUACCAAGGCUUUGGUUUAUCCCUACCUCUCUCUUUCUUUGCAUAUGGCCAUUCACUAGCACCUUUAGAACUUUAAGAUUUCAUUCCAUAGACAAUUAAGUUCGUAGCUGCAUCGGCUUCUCGCCAGACUGGGUCUUUAGAUACGCUAUUUACACCCAAAAUGCUGUUUCGAUUUCCCUUAAAACAUUUGGUUUUGGUCCAUUUAUAAAAAACAGACCAAAACCAGGCUGUUGAUGAUUAAGCAGGCAACGUCCAAACUGUCAAAGUCAAUUUGACAACUGUGAUAUUUAGUUUCAUAAAUGUGUGACAAGUCUAAAAUCUACCUUCUGUGUAAAUUGGUAAUCUAAAGUCUAAACGAAGCGUAGAAGCUCAGUAUUUUGCGCAGUUAAAAGCAAUUCUUAAAAAUAGAAAUGUCAAACGAAAUCAAAAUAGUUGCAGUGAGUAUCGUGAACUUUCUAAAACAGCAAUUGGACGGCGAUUCUUUGAGCCCUGAUUCUAGAGAGAGUGUCGAAGUCGGCGUGCAAUGCAUUGAGACCGCUUUCGAGCUGACGACGGAAGAUGCGGCUCGAGGCCUGGACUUACUGCAGCUUGUCCGUCAGCGACUGGGGCCGCCCGCUAACAAGGCUGAAGCCGAACGACUCAAGAACGAAGGCAACGAGCUCAUGAAAGCUGAGCGUUACAACGAAGCGCUUGAAAAGUACACGCGCGCCAUAGAGAUCGACCCAAGAAACGCAGUCUACUACUGCAAUCGCGCGGCUGCGCAUUUCAGGCUGUGCGACCCCGAGGCAGCGGUGAGCGACUGUACCACAGCACUCGCCCUACAGCCUGACUAUAGCAAGGCGUACGGACGCCUUGGGCUCGCGCUCACCGCCCUCGAGAGACACUGCGAGGCGCGCGCUGCCUACGCCCGCGCCGCUCAACUCGACCCUGAGAACGAGUCCUACCGAGAAAACCUCCAACUCGCUGACCAAACCUUAGCACAGCGCCCUAACGAUCUGAGUGGCUUACUCCGGAAUCCUGCUUUGAUCAACAUGGCUACGGAGAUGCUCACUAACCCUAAUAUGCAGAACCUCAUUUCAGGGUUGAUGACAACGACAGGGGGAGCUCAGGGUGUAGGAGAGGUGCCCCCAGGAGGUAUUAAUGCGUUGUUAGAAGUGGGACAAUCAUUGGCACAACAAAUGCAAGCUGCUAAUCCUGAUUUGGUAGAGCAACUGCGACGUCAGCUUCGACCCCCAGGGUCUGGUGAAAAUCAGCCACCUUCUCAGUGAGAAUGAUGUGUAUUAGUAUUGAGCCUGUGAGAGGGGACUGGGAUCCUCAAUUCUCAUACUGGUCUGUACUUUUGUCUUCUCUCUCAAUUCCAACUUCACAUGAUAAGAGUGAAAUUCUACUUUAUUUGUUAAAAAUUGUUAAACGUUUCUCAAAUCACACUACAACUCAGCCUAAUACUGAUGUAAAACAUGCUGCUUCAAAUAAAUACUGUUCCUAUAUAAACAUCCAGAAGAAUAUGAUACUAAAAUUAUUUUGGUUCACCAUACUUCACAUAGAGAAACUUGUGCAAGUGUUUAAUUAUUAGGGAACAGUGUAAUAAAUUUUUGUUCCCGAGCUAUCCUUAGCUUAUGUUUGACUAAUUGGUAAUUUUAAUAAAUAUAUAUUUAAAUAUAAA